AGGUACCGCUACAUCAAAGCAAACCCACCGCCCCACGCCAGCCCGUCUCAGGCCGCCCACACUCGAAGCGUCUCUCUCCAGACCAGACCUCUACCCCUAAUUCCAACGAUCAGUAGGAAGAAAGAGUGCGGGGAAGAAGAAGGUGCGCUGAACGGUCAAGAUGAUGCCGACUAGCUAUGAACCAAAUUUAACGGCACGAUACCGCGGCCUACCGUCCAUUAUUCUACGCGUUCUCUCACCAGCCUCUCUACACCUUAAGAGAGAGAGAGAGGCGGACGGAGAAGCCCAAUUUUUCACAGAGAGAGAAAGAGAGACAGAGAGUGUGUGACAAUUCUUUAUCAUCAUUUCCCUUCCUGCUUUACUAACGAUUUCUUCCUUACUGACCCGUCAGAUUUUGUAACGAUCGAGUAAACGAUUCCCUAAUUUGGGAAAAUUGUUUCAGUUCGUUGUCAGAAGAAUAAGGCUAAAUGGGAUGGAAAAACAUUUGCAAAAGGCGUGUUAGAGUAUUCGCAGUUACAAUAAUGAUAUACCUAGACUAUAAGGCAGUGCAAAAGAAAGCAAAAUGGGUUAGGAAGGAGAAGCAGGAUGCGUUAUGGGCGAAAACCCAUGAGCGGAAUGCGAGACGGGUUCUCAAUUUGAUAAUAGAGCUAGAAGGAUUGUGGGUAAAAUUGGGUCAAUACUUGUCUACUAGAGCAGAUGUACUUCCAGAGGCCUAUAUAUGUCUCCUAAAGCAGCUUCAGGACUCUCUUCCUCCUCGCCCUCUGGAAGAGGUUCACCAAACAAUAGAGGAAGAAUUGGGAAAAUCUGUGGGUGAGCUAUUUUCAAGUUUUGAUGGAAAUCCUCUUGCGACAGCUUCAAUAGCUCAAGUUCAUCGUGCAACACUGAAAGAUGGGCAAGAGGUUGUUGUGAAAGUGCAGCAUGUUGGCAUUAAGGAAGUUAUUCUAGAGGACCUAAAAAAUGCAAAAGCAAUAGUUGAGUGGAUAGCUUGGGCUGAGCCACAAUAUGAUUUCAGCUCAAUGAUAGAUGAAUGGUGCAGGGAGGCACCUAAAGAACUUGAUUUCAAUCAUGAAGCAGAGAAUACGAGAAAGGUUUCCAGAAACUUGGGAUGCAAAAAAGGCAGUGAUGGGACAAAUCAUACUAAUUCUGUGAAUGUCUUGAUCCCAGAAGUUAUCCAGUCAUCGGAGAAGGUUCUAGUUUUGGAAUACAUGGAUGGCAUUCGUUUGAAUGAUAUAGAAUCAUUUGACGCAUAUGGCAUCGACAAGCAAAAGCUUGUUGAAGAAAUCACUCGUGCGUAUGCCCAUCAAAUAUAUGUUGAUGGAUUUUUCAAUGGUGAUCCUCAUCCAGGAAAUUUUCUUGUGAGUAAAGAACCCCCUCAUAGCCCAGUUUUACUUGACUUUGGUCUCACAAAGUCACUGUCAAGCUCCAUGAAACAAGCACUAGCAAAAAUGUUUCUAGCAUGUGCAGAGGGAAACCACGUAGCUUUGUUAUCUUCCUUUACUGAGAUGGGACUUAAGCUGCGGCUUGACAUGCCGGAUCAGGCUAUGGAGGUUUCAACCCUAUUUUUCCGUAAAUCCACACUGGCUAGUGAAGCACUUGAAAAUGUGAAGUCUUUGAAUGGCCAAAGAGAAAAGAACAUGAAGAUUAUUCAAGAGAAAAUGAACCUGGAUUCAAAGGAGGCUAAGCGCUUUAAUCCUGUGGAUGCUUUCCCUGGUGAUGCAAUUAUCUUUAUGAGGGUUCUAAAUCUUCUCCGAGGGCUUUCAUCUACUAUGAAUGUUAGAAUUGCUUAUCUGGACAUUAUGAAGCCAUUUGCAGAGGAAGCUUUGCUUGGGAAAUCAAACAAUGCACCAAAGAUAAAUGCGGAGUGGAUUUGCGAUACACCAGCUCACUCUGAUGUAGACGUUAAGUUAAGGCAGCUCUUAGUUGAGAUGGGCGAUAAAAUUCUUGGGUUACAGGUAUGUGCCUACAAAGAUGGAGAAGUUAUUAUAGAUACUGCUGCUGGUGUGCUGGGAAGAUAUGAUCCUCGUCCUGUUCAACCUGAUAGCCUAUUUCCAGUAUUUUCAGCAACAAAAGGAAUUACUGCAGGGAUGGUGCACUGGCUUGUUGACAAAGGGAAACUCAAACUUGAUGAAACUAUUGCCAAUAUAUGGCCAGGGUUUGGCAUCAAUGGAAAAGAUCUUAUGAAGGUUUACCAUGUCCUCAAUCAUACAUCUGGACUGCACAAUGCUAUGGCUGACGUCAUCCAGAACAAUCCUUUGUUGUUUUGUGACUGGGAUAAAUCGUUAGACCAUAUUGCUAAGUGUAGCCCUGAGACAGAAAUUGGUACCCAGCAACUAUAUCACUACUUAUCUUUCGGUUGGCUUUGUGGCGGUAUCAUUGAGCAUGCGUCUGGGAAAAAAAUUCAAGAAGUAUUGGAAGAAGCUAUAGUUCGCCCUCUCAACAUUGAAGGCGAGUUAUACAUAGGUAUCCCCCCAGGUGUGGAGUCUCGCCUAGCAACACUAAUGCUCGACAUAGAUGACAUCGAAAAGCUUGUCGCUAUCCAAUCAAGAUCUGAAAUUCCCGGCAGCCUCCGACAGGGCAAUAUCGUAGAGAUGGCAACCACUUUACCUUUCUUCUUCAACACGCUUAACGUGCGUCGAGCUAUCAUCCCAGCCGCCAACGGUCAUUGUUCCGCCCGUGCCCUAGCUCGCUACUAUGCCGCUCUUGCCACCGGCGGAACCAUUCCUCCUCCUCACUCAUCCCUCUCCAAACCACCUCUCGGCGAUCAUCCUCACAUUCCAAAAUUCCCGUCCGAAAAACUGAAGAAAAAGUGCAGAAGUUGCAACAUCAAACCACCCAGCUUAGCUUGUACCAUAUUCAGCCACAACGAUGACAGCAUAACCUACAAUCUUGUGAGCAACAUGGUUGAAGAUGAGGCAAAACAACAAAUGUUCAGCAGCCCUAACAUUCAUGAUGCAUUCAUGGGAUCGGGCGAUUUCUCAAACUUGGUGUUCUCAGAAGGUAAAUUUGGGCUCGGUUUCCGGACUUUCGAGACCAGCGAUGACAAUAACAUGAGAACCUUUGGGCACUCCGGUGUCGGCGGCUCAACCGGAUUUUGCAAUGCAGAGCACAAUUUCGCUAUUGCGGUCACAGUUAAUAAGAUGUCACUUGGUGGUGUUACAAGAAGAAUAAUUCGGCUAGUUUGUUCUGAGUUAAAGAUCCCAUUACCUGCCGAGUUUUCAGAAGACGGGGAGAAGGGACCUGAUAUGCAGCUUAGCUUACAGCAAUCUUAGACUAUAAUGUUGAUUAUGUGCCAAAUGUUGGAAAUAAUAUGUGAUAUACAUUAUAGAAACAUAGGACUAAAUUUCAAAAUCCCUUACUGAGGAAUACCUGCUAGAUCAUACAGCCAAGUAAAAAGGUGUAAUUUAUGGUUUUAAGGGGAUUGUACCGGCUAAUUUAUUAUUCACCUUGAGAUCUUUGCAGUUCCAAAUU